GUUACGACCGUUCCAUUGCUCGAAUGGGUUUUGAAUGGGCGAGGGACCACUUUUGCUAACGACAGAAUAUUGUCAUUUUCUCUCAACUAUAUUUUCAUAUCCACACAAUACAGAGAAAGCCUAAAAGAUAAUUUUCGAGGAAUUACAUGCUGCCACUGCUGGAGACGUGUCACCUUGAAUUCUGCCUGCCCGGAAUGACUGAACAACGCUCGCAGCUAACGCAAAGCUGACCGACAGUCCUCGUAGACUCACCGCCACAGAUAUAAAAUGGGAGUAGUACUGCGGAAUCUCCAAAAGGUGGUGCCUCUUCGCCGCGCCAGGCUGCGCAAGGAUGUUGACACACUGAGGCACAUACUGGGCAUCCAUAAAUUUGACUUGGGCAUCGUUUGCGUGGAUAACCACAGGAUCCAGCAAAUUAAUCACACGUACAGAAAGAAAAAUGUGCCCACGGACGUCCUGUCAUUUCCAUUCUACGAGGAUCUGAGACCUGGUAAGCUGCCUUGCCCCCUUCAUAGGGAUGAGCUGAACCUUGGGGACAUUUUCUUGGGGGUUGAGUUUGUGAUGCAGCAGUGCAGGGAGGAAUCCCUAGAUCUACAUGCAACCCUCACUGUCGUCACUGCACAUGGAAUCUGUCACCUAUUGGGCUACAGACAUGAGACAGAAGAAGAAUGGACAGAGAUGCUGCAGAGAGAGAGCUACAUCCUGAGUGAGUACAACAGACUCACGGGAAGACAUCUGGAGCCACUGAUGAAGAGAUGCAGUCAGGAUAGGUGACAGUGACCAUCACCUACUGCUAACGUUAUAGUUGCACUCAGUGCACUAUGGUGCUUGAUAUUAUUCACUAUCCUGUAAACAGGUGGACUGUUGUUUUAUUCACUGGCAUGCUGUCUUUUCCACUAUCACAAUCUGCGGCAACUUUUUUUAAGGACUGGCAAGAGGACAUACAGCGAUGUGAUUGUGGACAUCAUUUCCAAAUACUGGAUGCGUGUGUUAAAGUUUUAAACAUCAAAUUAAAAAGUCUCUCAAAAAAGCACUUUCACUGUAAUAUUUUAUUAAAAUCUGCUUUAGGAAGAGUCAGUUGUGUAUGAAGGGUAGAAAAAGCUGUUCAUCUUUACUUCACAAAUACAUUUUACUCUCUUUACGCUGCAUUUGGGACAGGAUGUUCAAGAAAUGUUAAUUCAAGGCUGACAUGAAAAAGAACCAAUGUGUGAGCAACUUCUGCCUGCUGUCACAACCAGGUCUACGUUCAUGGUGCAACAGAAUACUUUACUUCAAGGAGUCAGCUAAUAAUAAUGCACACCUUAAAAUCCAACUAUAAAUAUGGCUAUAUAUGGUGUAUCAAGAAUAUCAUACCUAUUAUUAUGACCCAUGUUUUAUAAUGCUUUAUUAUUCAGAUUUUCUUCUCUUGUUAGGGGAGUUGAGGAAAUCAUUUGAUGUGGUCUGAAAAUGUCCUGCAGACACAUUUGCAUGUUGUGCAUGACCAUUGGUGUACAGAAGUGUGGUUUCAUUUUUACAGUGGUAACCAAAAAAAAAAAAAAAAAAAAAAGCCGUACAACC